UUUUGCAUCCACGUCAUGGGCACAGCUUGGCGCGGCUUUUUAUUAUCGUCGCCCUUUUAGUCGGCGUUACCAGCGCGGGGGGCCGUCAGCCCUUGGGCGGGGGUGGUUGGUAGCCCGUCAGCGAUGGCGGGGCCGGUGGAUCCGGACGAGUCGUUCGACUUUCUGUUCAAGGUGGUGCUGAUCGGAGACGCCGGCGUUGGCAAGACCUGCGUCGUACAGCGCUUCAAGUCGGGCAUCUUCGUGGAAAGGCAGGGCAACACGAUCGGGGUGGACUUCACAAUGAAAACCUUGGAGAUCCAGGGCAAGCGGGUGAAGUUGCAGAUAUGGGACACAGCUGGACAAGAACGAUUUAGAACAAUUACACAGAGUUAUUAUCGAAGUGCUAAUGGUGCAAUUAUCGCUUAUGACAUUAGCAAAAGAGGAACGUUUGCAUCUGUGCCUCAGUGGAUAGAGGACGUGAAGAAAUAUUCAGGCUCAAACAUUGUACAGUUAUUAAUAGGGAACAAGUCUGAUAUGGAAGAUUUACGAGAGGUUGAAUACCAAGAAGCCCAAACUCUUGCAGAUCACUAUGAUAUCGUCUCUGUAUUAGAAACUUCCGCCAAAGAUUCUAGCAAUGUGGAAGAGGCUUUUAUCAAAAUGGCUACGGAGUUGAUGCUGAGGCACGGUGGGCCAGUGUUCACUGAGAAAGCAACGGAAACCCUCAAAUUAAAUAGCAAGGACGUGAAUGAAGGAUGGGGCUGUAGCUGCUGAUGUUGCGGGCUAACUUCAUCGGGUUUUGCAUCUCAUUCUCAGAUCGAGAGAUAAAUCACGAAUGCGGUGUAACUCACUCAGAGCCAGUAACAGUUUAGUUAUGCGUUCUUGAAAACUCUUGUGACAUCUGCUCAUUCCUACAAUUUGAAGCUGAUAGUCCAGUUUUCACUGAUUAUAUGACAUAUAACUUGAAAUUCCAAUAGGACCAGUGGUCCUACUGCCUUAACUACUGAUACUGAAAUACUUACUUAGUCUACCAGCCCUUUUUCUAAUGAAUUUUAUAAUUCUGAACAGGUUAUUUUGUGGAGAAGACCUGAACAUUUUAAAUAUGAACUAAUACUUAGAGCUAAUACCUAGGAAAGCUCCUGAUUUAGUUGCUUGUAAGCAGUGGGUGGAAAAAGGCGGAGUGUACAUCAUGCUAUUGUUCUUUAGCAUAUCUGUUGUUGCCUUACAAUUAAAACUGCAUUCCAGCUAUUUUAUGUGCCAAUUUCAGUAUUGGGAAACCCAAGCAGUCCUAUGAAUAUUGUUCUUUUAAAAUCAAUUAAUGCUUUACUGUGAGGUUUUGUCUGCUUGUCUGACCUACUUUUAUAGGUGGUGAUUUAAUCUGAAACUUGAAACAAAUGCGUGUCUAUUGUAAUUACGUUUUGAGAAUGAUUCUGCACCCUUCAGUUGCUGUGUUGUAGCCCACAACAGGCGGCCAUUUUGUGCUCCCAAACAACAAUGUAAUUUUCACCGUUGAUUGGAAAUGAUCAAAGAGCAGAUUACCGAAGGCAGUGGCUAACCUAGUGACAGAAAAUUGCAGCUAACUCCUUGCCUGGAUGUUGUGCUUUGUGAUGUGUGUGGUUCUGCAUGCAGCUUGGAUCAAUGCCAGCCUUAUUAUUGAUUCAGAGUGCGUGGUUUGGAUGGAUGAGGACAAAGUAUUCGGCAGCAAAUGAUACUGAUGUGCUCUUCGCCUUGCAUUUGCAAACUGCCAGCAGGGAAGAUCUCUCCUGGAAAAUGCAUUGUGCACUUUAUCUGUUUUGUUCAAAAAAAACAGAUUCCAGAAUAACGGGGGGCGGGAAUGAUAUGUGUUUUUUAAACUUGCUUUUUAUGUUAGCAAUGAUGGGGGUGGGAGCUGAAUUUUACUGAACUGGCUGAAUCACUCAACAAUCUCUUUAAAAACUAACCUUGAUUUUAUUGAAACUGACAGCACUAUUUUCUGAUGGUGUGUAUUUCAGAUCAACAGUAAUUCCACUAUCCAAACCAAAGAAUGCCAUUAGCCAGAAAAACUAUUGGAUGUGGUUAGAGACAACAUUCUUUUUGAGAAAGCAAUUAAAUAAAUCUUUUUUUUUAUAUGCUUGAGAUAAAAUAAUUUAAUUUUGGCAAUAUCUAUUUUAAUAACUGGGUGAAGUGUAGUGCCUACAAUAUUUAACUAUUCAUGGAAAACUUUUGCACAGAUUGUACUAAAAUCUAGUUUAUUAAUUGUACCCUUUUUGGAUAUUAUAUGCUAAUAUAAAAUUUAAUAGCAUUGCUACUAUUUUACAUAAAUACAGGUAUUAUUUGGUAAUAUAAUUGUUCAAUAGUGCAAUCCUUUAAUCUGAGCUCUGUCCCAAACUGUUGUGACGGGCACCAAAUGCAUAUGGAACUGCCCCGAGGCUUUCCCUUCCAUUCACAUCUACAUGUUCCACCCCCCUCAACCCCAUCUCCACAUUUUUAUGCAGCUAUUUUUCUAUUAUUUCCCGUAUCUAACCUAUCUACAAGCAAAUUUUCUAAAAAAAAAAUAGUGCUUGCCAUUUACAGUGCAAAUCCUUGCAAGAGAUAGAACUUGCAAUAAAAUGGCUGCCAUGGGAAAUGGUCACAUUAAUGCAAAGGUUAUUGCAUUUCUAAGGGUGUGGGCAGAUGGAUUGGAAUAUUAUUAAAGAUUAGCUUUAUUUGUCACGUACGCCGAAGCUUCGAUGUGCGUGAACGACCGACACAGUCUGAAUACGUGCUGAGGUCAGCCCUUGGGGGGGGGGGGGGCGCUAUACUCUGGUGCCAAAAUAGCAUGCCCACCACUUCCUGACCCUAACCCGUUAUGUCUUUGGAAUGUGGAAGCAUGGAGAUGGCGUGCACGCUCCUUGCCAACAGCGGCAGAAUUGUACUGGCUCUGUGGUAGCGUUAUGCUAGCGUUAUGCUAGCUGCUACGCUGCUGUGCACUGUAUUUAAAUACUGUGGUAUGGCUUCAUGCAUCUACCAAUGAAGGACUUACUUUAGCUCCCAGUGGGAGAAGGCAACCUUCCUGCCAAGCAGCUGAAUUUGGAGCAGCAGCGGAAUUUAGCCACCAAGCCUUGUGUGAACACUGCCUUGUUGUUUUCCUGUUUCAGGGUGAGAGGCGGCUGCACCACAGCAAAGUCACAAAAUCAAAUAGCCCGCAGAUCGUGGGUAACCCUUGUGAAGUGGCAGCUGGGAAUGUUACAUGUCUGGAAAGCAACCUGGCUUGGCUGUUCUGAAGGUCUGGCUCCCAGAAGAGGAAGCUCUAGCACGAAUUCCUUGUAGUAACCCUUUUGGUCCUAGAUUCACCAAGGAAAUACUGUAAUUUACACCCUUCAACCAGCUUCCUGAUAAGUUUUGCCUGACUGAGAGCUGACAUGAGAUGCUUUAGUCAGGAGAAGGUUUCAACUUUCAGACUCCCAUAUUCACUGGGAAGCUAGUGGGUGCUAGACUUGCUGUCAAAAUCUGCAGUGUUAUGGGUCGGAGUGGAAUUGCACCAUCCUUUUUAACUGUUUUCCUGCAGAUUAGAGUUUUACAACAGAGCUUUUCAGGAUGGGAUUAGUUAAAGAUCACUUACUUCCUCAACACCAGUGUGGGCAUUACAGUUGGUGUCUUAGAGCUCCUGUGACCCAGUUCUACCCUAACUCUGCGUGCUGUCUGUGUAGAAUCUGCAUGUUCUUCCUGUGGCUGUAUAGGUUUCCUCUCAGCACUCUAGUUUCCUCCCACAGUCCACACGUGCGGCCAUUGUAAUUGCUCCUAGUGUGCAACCAAAUGGUGCAAUCUGAGGGUAGUUGAAGAUAAUAUGGGGAAAAUGAAAUGGGAUUGGCAGAUUAGACUUAAUAGGCUGAAUGGCCUAAUUCUCUUGUGUCUUACGGACUAGUAUAAAUGCACGGGUUCCCAACCUUUUUUUAUGCCACAGACCAAUACCGUUAAGUAAGAGGUCCAUGGACUCAGUUUGCUGAUCGGUUAGGGGCAAAGGACCUGCUUCCAUGCUCUAUAAUUCAAUCAUUAAUUUUGCUCACCUCAGCUCCCACAUGAAAGAUAAAUCCUCAUUAAGGUCAUUAGAUUUUUAUAGCGAACAGAUUUAAGUCUAUUAAUAUCAUUUGGAAACUAAUGGGAAUCACUAAUAUGGAAACAAUUUGGGAAUCAAGAAGAGUUCUGUUUGAAUUUGAAUAUUUUAUUUUAUUUAUUUUACUGAGAUACCUAGUCUAAUUAUGGGACAAUUUAUAAUGACUAAUUAACCUACUAACUUGUAUGUCUUUGGACUGUGGGAGGAAACCCACACGGUCAUGGGGAGAACGUACAAGCUCUUUACAGGCAGAGGUGGGAAUUGAACCUAGGUCUCUGGUACUGUAGAGUGUUGUGCUAACCACUACGCUACCGCCCCAUUAAGUCAUUUGUUCAGGCAUGACUUCUGUAGAUGGAUAAUAACUGCUUUUAGUUGGAUGCAUUUUUUUUUACUUAAAUGAAGAAAAUCUCAAAAUUACAGUAGCAUUUUCCAUUGUUACGCUCACUUUUAAACAGUCAUAUAUACAUCAACUUGAUGAAUCCAUUACAUCAUGACAAAAAUGUACUUUGCCUAAUUGAGCUGAUUGUCAGUCUCAACAAGUGUUCCAGAUUUCUGGUUAUUUAUACACUCAGUUCCAUCAUUCAUGUGGCUGUCUUCUGGUUAUGAUAGCAACAAAUGUUCAGUGUGGUUUUCUCAAUAAGUGUUCUAGUUAGAAUACGGACUGUUGAAUACUUUAAGAUUUUUGUUAACAAACUCAAAAUGUUUUAUUUUGUAUUGAUGUGACAAUCUUCAGCAAAAAAUAUAGGCAGACAGCAUCUAUAGAUGGCAAUAAACAGUCAACGUUUCAGGCCCCGACCCUUCAUCAGGACACUUCAUGAGUUCUAUUGAAGGGUCUCAGCCCACUGUUUAUUCCCAUCUAUAGAUGCUGCCUGACCUGCUGAGCUCCUCCAGCACAAUGUGUGUACUGCUCUAGAUUUCCAGCAUCGACAGUACCUCUUGUGUCACUGAAUUUAUCUAGUUCAUCCACGAAUCUAAAGAAAUCUCUCAAGUUUAGAUUGCUUAAAGCUGUGUUUACAGAUUAUUUGGGGAUAUCAGGUUCAUGCAUUCUUGAGUAUGCAUGUUCAUUGUUCUUAAAUGACAGGUAAAGUUAGCAUUCAAGUGUAAAUUUAGUAAUGUUUUCCAGAAUGUAUCCUAUUAUGUUUCUGUAUGAGUCAAUCUUUUGUAAAACAAGGUCACAAACUAAAUACUGAACUUUUUUUUGACAUUAAGCAAACGUCUUGGCUGUCUUCUGGAAUGGAAUUUAGUAAAGUUGACUGCAAAAUCUGGUUCCAUUGUGACUCUCGCUACAUUCAAAAUUCUCAGACCAAAAAUAUUCCAGAACUAAUACUGCACUUUAUUACCAAUGUUAACAAAAAAAAUGUAGAUAAGGGCUCCAUAACGGGUGUCAAAGUAGUCUUUUGUAUUAACUUUUACAAUCUUUCCAGCUAAUUUUAGUAGCAUAAAUAUGUCAAAAUGUCACAAGAAGAAGAAAGUGGGUAGAGUUUUAAUAUAAGGGAGCUAACUAUAUUAUGAAUUUAGAAAGUUUAACAUUUUCUCAUCCAUGUAAAAUGCAAUUAAUACAGACCAAUUUAAAAACUGAAUUUUCUAUUUAAGUUGUCAGGAGGAAACUGCCACUCGGGGUAAUUUGAAAAGGUCAAGGUUGUUAGCCUGAACUCCCAGUGGCAAGAUCAGCUUAUUGUUUAAUGUAAAUCUCAUCAGUGGCCCCUCUAACAAAGUGGGUAACUGACAUCGGGAAUGUUCGUGAUGCUUGAAAAGCAAAAAUGUCUCAACAGUUGACUGGUUCUGUGUUGUCUGAUAUAACAGGGCUUGUAAAAACAAUGUGAACUGAAUGUUUUAACAGUGAACUCAUCACGUACAGUAUGGACUGCUUCAUAGCUAUGCUCUUGUGGUUCAACCCAUUUGAUAGAAUAUUGUGUUAAUCUGGUGGGAGAGCAAACAAUGCAAUUAUGAUACAUUCUCAUCGUUUGAAAUAUUUUACAUAUUUUCUCCCUCUACUUAGGAUUUGGUAUAUCUGUUACUUUUCUGAAUUGUCUAUAUUGGAAAACAUGCAGAAUAAGUAAUAUGAUGUAACUUGAUCAUUUUAGAUUCUUAAGCAAAAGAAGUGAAAUUACAUAUUGAAGGAUAUUAUUGUAAAAUUUCUUGAUUUAAAAUAAAUC